AUGUCACACUCCUUCCGCGUGUCUCCCACGCACAACGCCGCGCACCAGCGGGACAGCGAGUACAGCAUCCAGCUGAACCGCUGGUUCCUGAAGCCGAUCGGUGCCUGGCCCGAUGACGACCGGCCGGUCAGCAUCGCGGAAAGACUGCUGUUCUGCGGCAUUCAGUUCGUCUGCCACUCUCUGAUCGCCUUCACGGUAGUGCCGUGCGCGCUUUACAUCGUGUUCGAGCCGGACGUGCACCUAAAACUGAAGGCCUUCGGCCCGAUGAUACACUGGUUGAUGGGCGGCCUGAACUACUGCUCUCUACUGCUGCGUAGUUACGAGAUACGCAAGUGCGUGGACCACAUGCGCGCCGAUUGGCGGCAGGUGAAGGGUGUGCACGAUCGGGAGGUGAUGCUGAGGAACGCCAAGUUCGGACGAUUCGUCUCCGGCUUCUGCGCGAUCUUCAUGCAGGGCGGCGUCUGUUCCUACAGUAUCAUCACUAGUCUCACGCCGGUGGUCGUGCAGAUCGACAAUGUCACUAUCACGAUGCACCAACUGCCGUGUCCGUUCUACACAGAGCUGGUGGACGCAAGAUACAGUCCGACGAACGAGAUCGUACUUGUUCUACAACUGUUCUCGACUUUCAUAGUGAACACCAUCACGGUGGGCGCAUGCAGUCUCGCCGCGGUCUUCGCCAUGCACGCCUGCGGCCAGCUGAACAUCCUGAUGGUGAGACUGGACGAACUCGUCGACGCGUCGUCGACGAAGGAUGGGCAUGAGACCUCGCGCCGGAAGCUGGCUGGCAUCGUGGAACAUCAUCUACGUACGCUGAGCUUCGUGUCGGAAAUAGAAACGAUUAUGCAUCAGAUCUGUCUCGUCGAGCUGUUGGGGUGCACGACAGACAUGUGCAUGCUCGGAUAUUACACGAUUACGGAAUGGGAACUGCACGACACGAAAAAUUUACUCACGUACUUCACUAUAUUUAUUGCCAUGUCAUGCAACAUUUUUAUAUUUUGCUACAUUGCUGAGAUUCUUACGGACCAGUGUCAAAAAAUAGGCGAUAUGGCAUACAUGACAGAUUGGUAUCAAUUGCAUCAUAAAAUUGCGAUCGAUCUGAUCCUAAUAAUCUCGAGAUCGAACGCCGUUAUAAAGAUAACAGCCGGAAAAAUGAUUCAACUAUCUAUCGCAACUUUUGGAGAUGUAAGUCUGUUCGAUAACACACAUAUUAACGGUUCUGUAACCAAAUUUGUGUAA